AUGUUAAAGCAAGGCAAAGGUCGAUUGCAUGCUGGAAAUGAUAGACUUAGUGAUGAUGAUGACAUAGAUGAGGAUGCUCUUUCUGGAACAAUGCCAAAGCAAGGCAAAGGUCGAUUGCAUGCUGGAAAUGAUAGACUUAGUGAUUAUGAUGACAUAGAUGAGGAUGCUCUUUCUGGAACAAUGUUAAAGCAGGGCAAAGGUCGAUUACAUGCUGGAAAUGAUAGACUUAGUGAUGAUGAUGACAUAGAUGAGGAUGCUCUUUCUGGAACAAUGUUAAAGCAAGGCAAAGGUCGAUUGCAUUCUGGAAAUGAUAGACUUAGUGAUGAUGAUGACAUAGAUGAGGAUGCUCUUUCUGGAACAAUGUUAAAGCAAGGCAAAGGUCGAUUGCAUGCUGGAAAUGAUAGACUUAGUGAUGAUGAUGACAUAGAUGAGGAUGCUCUUUCUGGAACAAUGCCAAAGCAAAGCAAAGGUCGAUUGCAUGCUGGAAAUGAUAGACUUAGUGAUGAUGAUGACAUAGAUGAGGAUGCUCUUUCUGGAACAAUGCCAAAGCAAGGCAAAGGUCGAUUGCAUGCUGGAAAUGAUAGACUUAGUGAUGAUGAUGACACAGAUGAGGAUGCUCUUUCUGGAACAGUGCCAAAGCAAGGCCAAGGUCUGUUGAAUGCUGGAAAUGAUAGACUUAGUGAUGAUGAUGAUGAUAAUUCUGUGAAAGACCCUGAUUAUGAGCCAGACCAUAGCUCUGACAAUGAUUCUGACUCUCUUUUUGAAGAAAACCAAGAUGAUCUUCAUCCUGACAGUUUGGGGGAAUUAUCUUGCAGUGACAUUGGAUUAGAAAAAUGUCCUACUAUUGAUCCUAGAAGAGAAAUAGUAUCUGAUAGUGAAGAAAGUUGUGGUACAUGUAGCAUUGAAAGUGAAAAAUAUCCCAUGCUCUCUGGAAAGACAGAUAAGGACAUUUCUUUUCAAGGUGUUCCUAAAAAUUCGAAUGGAAACUUAAAAAACAAGCUGCAUGCCUGCUUCUUUUGUGAGAAGAUGAUUGCAAACAUUGCAAGACACCUUGAGCUUGCACAUAAAACAGAAGUUGAAGUAGCAAAGAUUUUAGUUUUCCCCAAAAAAAGCAAAGAAAGGAGAAAAAUGUGGGAGGAACUUGUGAAUAAAGGAGACUUUGCUCAUAACAUAUCUGUUCUGGAAAAAGGAGCUGGCAUAAUGAUUCCAAAGAAACGUUCUACAAAAUGUGAGAUCAAAGACCUUAUUCCAUGUGAGAAUUGCAAGGCCUUUUAUAAGAAAACUGACAUGUGGAAACACAGUAAAUACUGUUUAUCUGAAAAGAAAAGCCAAAAUCCUGUACAGAAAGGUCGCCUUUUACUUCCAAUCAGAAAAUGUCAAGAUGGGCUUUUCAAAAAAGUACUACUUACCAUGAGAGAUGAUGAAGUUAAAGUGAUAAUUCAAUCAGAUCCUAGAAUUCUAGAUUAUGGUCGGAGACUGUUUGAAAAACAUGGCCACGAGCCACACAAAACUCAAUACAUAUCUCAAAAAUUAAGAGAAGUUGGUAGACUUCUAUUUGCAUGCAAAUUAUCAAAAGAUAUACAGUGUUUAGAUGAGGCUCUUUUGAGCAAAAACUGGGAUAUUUUAAUUCAGAAUGUGCGUACUAUAGCUGGAUUUGAUGAGGAAUCUCAUACCUAUACCAGUCCAUCCUUGGCUCUGAAGAUUGGGCAUUUGGCACAAAAGUGCGCCCGUUAUAUGCGGUCUGACGGUAUCAAAGAAAAUGACAGAGCAAAGAUUGAAGAAGCAGACCGAUUUCUUACUUUAUACGAAACAGAAUGGACCAAUGACAUAUCGGGACAUGCAUUAACCUCCUUAAGUGAAAAGAAAUACAACAAACCUCUUCUCCUUCCAGUUGUUAAAGAUGUUGUCAAACUGAAUAAUUACCUGGCCAAAGAGGUGGAGACAGUUUGUGAAAAGAUCGUAGUACAGUUUGACAUGUCAUUAUAUGCAAAAAUGGCACAGUUGUGCUUAGCGCAACUGAUUUUAUUCAACCGACGUAGAAGUGGGGAGGCUGAACGUAUCAAGCUGCAAGAAUUUUCUGAUGCUGAAAAUGGAAGUGGAAAACCUGAUGAAGUAGUACUAAGCACACUAAAUGAAUUUGAGAAGAAAUUGUGCAAUACUCAUACUCGAGUUGAAAUAAAGGGGAAAAGGGGGAGAAAAGUGGCCGUUUUGCUAACGGAUGAGAUGAAGAAGAAUAUCAAGAUCCUUAUUCAGCAGAGAGAAAAGGCAAAAGUUUCUGGAGACUGUUUGUUUUCAAAACCGGGAGAUUCCAAAUUUCCAUACAGAGGAAGUGACUGCCUAAGGAGGUUUGCAAAGGAGGCAGGUGUAGAUAAUCCUACUGCUAUUACCUCUACCAAACUUAGGAAACAACUUGCAACUCUUGCGCAAAUACUCAACCUAAAUGAGACAUCGCAGGAUAUCUUGGCCACUUUUCAGGGGCACGACAUAAGGGUCCAUCGACAGUUUUAUAGAUUACCAGAGGAUACAAUGCAGAUUGCCAAAGUGUCAAAGAUACUACAUAGCCUAAACAAUGGAUCCAUAUCCAAAUUCAAGGGGAAAGAUUUUGAUGAAAUACAACUUGAUGACAAAGAAGCAGUAGACAGUGAGAGUGAUGAAGAGGAAACAGAAGACUUGGAUGAUGAUGAAGAAUACAUUGAAGCAGUGGAUAUUGUUUCCCCAAUGUCUGCAGAACAGGAACCAGGUUCCCAAGGGCCUGUAAAAAAGAAACCAAAAUCAGCACCAACUCCCAGGCACCACUGGACACCUACUGAGAAAGGUGCCCUGAAGAAGCUUUUCAGAAGGAACAUUAUCCAAGGGAAGACUCCUUGUCAGUUGGAGUGUCUUAAUGCAAUGAAAAAGGAGUCAUGCUUGGCAAAAUUUCCAUGGAAGCAGAUCAAAUUUGCAGUAAAAAAUUUAAUUACAACUCAAAAACGUGAAAACAAAAAACUAGUUGAUAAAAUGUAAUUUAGUGUAAUUUGUCAGUCUUGUAAUUUUGAAAAACUUAAUGGUAAAUUUAGUUUGUGAUGAUCGAAGGUCAAGAUCUAGUAAAUGAAAGAUGACUACAGGUUUAUGAAAUUCAGGAUAUAAUUUUUUUUCAAUGAUGCUUCAUAACAAUAACAUUGAGAGGGUGUACUAGAGCUUAAUCUUGUAAUAAACACAAUGAAAAAUCAUGUUUUUAAGUGUCAAUUUGAAUAUAAUGUGAAGGAAGGAAGUAAAAAAUCUUGUAGUUUUGUCCUUUUUAUGACUAAUGAAAUAUGUAUAGUAUGCUUGCAGGCACUCCGAAAACGGCAUCAAAUAAACUCUUGUCCUCCCCUUCAGAAUAAUGUCAAUUUGAAUAUAAGUAUUAGGGUUUUUUCCCCCAUAAUUCAAUUAGAAACUUUGAUUUUCUACAGAACUUAUUUAAAGUCGUAAAGUACAAAAAAAAAGAUUCAUCACAUCAAUUAUGACGUCAUGAUUGUUCUAGAUCUAGGCCUUAAAAUUUUCUGUUUUAAUACAAACUGUUAUUGCUUGUUCAUGUUUCAUUUCAUUUGUUCUUUGAAAAAAUGUGUACAUGUAUUUGGUAUUUCUUAAAUGCCUAUUAGAGAUGCCCUCUUUCAUAUAAAAUGUUAUUUCUUGUAAUCACUUGCAAAACCAGUUUUGGUUACGCAUACAUUUUUUCAAUCCACUGCAUAUGUAUUCUAUCACUGAUUGCAUUUAACUUAGUAACAUUAAAAGAAUUGUUGCAUAUGUUUUGUAUUUUUUACUGUACUGAACUAAUGACUGCCUUGAUCAAACCGUAAGUGAAUCAGGAUUGUAUAAGUUUGUACUUCACUUCUAUUAAUGGUUAUCAAUUGUUUACUGAUAUGAAAAAACUUUGAUCAAGAGUUUGAUAUCAAAUGAAAUGCAUGCACAUGUAUUUUCUUAUGUACUGGUUAUUGAGGAUGUUUGCCAAUAUUGUCUGUCUUUUUGGAAAUACAUAUUCCUUGAUUAUUAAUUUUUAUGAAAAGACUGUUCUCAACGUUACAGUAUUAAAAUGAAAUUAGAUUCAAUAAUUGGUAAAUGUACUUGUUAUGUCAUUUAUUGAAAAUAUUAACAAGGGUUUCAUAUAACUUUUCAUACUUUAUGUGCUUCAAAUACAGUAUAUUAUUUCUUGAAAUCACUUUCAAAAACAAUGUUUGUGUUUUUAUGCACUGCAUUUUUUAAACAAAUGUAUAUAUUAACAUUGAAAGAAUUCUUGCACAUGUUUUGUAUCUUUUACUGUUCCAAACUAGUGAUUGCCUUGGUCAAACUGUACUAAGUGAAUCAUAAAUGCUUUUAUGCAAAAUUUUGGAUUGAAUUUUUGCUUCACUGCUAUUUUAGAUCAUUAAAAUCACAGUAAUUAUUAACAUGUGCUUGAUAUGAAAUGAAAUGCAUGUACCGGUAUGUUUUUUUUUAUAUACCGGUAAUGCAUAUUAUGAUAAUUCAGUAUUGAGUAAUGAAAUUUCCCAAUCAUGUUUCUCUCUUUGCACAUAAAUUUUUUUUUCAUUCUUAUUUUUUUUUAAUGCAUCUGUUCUGAACCUUUUGAAAAUAAAAUUUAAUUAAUGUAGUUGUCAUGUCAUUAAUUUUCAAAAUAAAGGUUUUCAUAAUGGAAUAAAUACUUUGUUCUUGACAUACGUACAGCUUUGCCUAAAAGGA